GGCCAACGUUCCCCCCUCCUCAUCUUCCCUCUCUCGUUUCUCUCUCCGCACAAAGCGCUGAUAUCAAUCAGAGAGAGAAUCGACGAGGAGGAAGACGGAGAUUUUUUUUCUGAGAAUCUCUCCGUCCUCUUCCUCCGAUCCUCUCUUAAUUCGACCGAACUCAAUCUCGUCUCCUCUUUCCGUACAUUUCGCGAUUUCGAUCGGCCAAUUUCGAUCCGUGUAGACAAUCUUGGCAUCAAUUAUGGAGAUGGUAUCGGCGAGAGCUUCCCCUGGCUGUGAUAGCCUGUGCUUCUUUUGCCCUGCAUUGAGGACCAGGUCUCGGCAGCCGAUCAAGCGAUACAAGAAGAUGUUGGCUGAGAUUUUUCCCAAAACACAGGAUGAAGCACCAAAUGAUAGAAAAAUCAGUAAAUUGUGUGAAUAUGCUUCUAAAAAUCCACUGCGCAUACCAAAGAUUACAAGUUAUUUGGAGCAAAGAUGCUUCAAGGAAUUAAGAACUGAGAACUUCAACUCAGCAAAAGUUAUCAUGUGCAUUUACCGUAAAAUGCUAGUUUCUUGUAAGGAGCAAAUGCCACUAUUUGCAAGUAGCUUACUUACCAUCAUACAGACAUUCUUGGAUCAAACAAGGCAGGAUGAAAUGCGGAUUCAAGGAUGUCAUGCUCUUUUUGACUUCGUAAACAGUCAGACGGAUGGCACUCAUAUGUUCAAUUUGGAAGGUCUUAUUCCAACACUAUGUCAGCUAGCUCAAGGCAUAGGGACGGACGAUAUGGCAGUCCGCCUGCGUGCAGCAGGGCUUGAAGCCCUUUCUUCAAUGGUUUGGUUUAUGGGGGAACACUCUCAUAUUUCUGCAGAAUUUGACAAUGUUGUUACAGUAGUGUUGGAAAAUUAUGAAGGCCCUCAUAAGAAAUCUGAAGAUGGUGAUGCCUCCCAGAGAAAAUGGGUGCAAGAGGUCCUUCAAACUGGAGGUCAUGCAUCUCCAUCCCUCGGUGCCAUGCCACAAAUCCCUUCUUGGAAAGACAUUGUAAAUGAUGGAGGAGAGCUUAACAUAUCUAUUGAACAGUCCAAGAGUCCUCACUUUUGGUCCAGAGUCUGUGUGCAUAACAUGGCGAUGCUAGCCAAAGAGGCCACAACUAUACGUCGCGUUUUGGAUUCAUUGUUUCGUUAUUUUGACGAUGACAAACUUUGGUCACUUCAAAAUGGACUUGCACUUUUUGUCUUGCUGGAUGUGCAAAUUGAAAUGACAAAGUCUGGGCAAGACACAAAUUUACUGUUAUCUAUUUUGAUAAAGCAUCUUGAUCACAAGACUGUCUUAAAACAACCUGACAUGCAGCUAAACAUAGUUGAAGUUACCACUUGCCUUGCUUCUCAGUCAAAAUCCGAGGCUUCUUUUGCUGUAUCCGGUGCAAUAACGGAUUUGGUCAGGCAGCUGCAGAAAAGCAUGCAGUGCACAGUUGGUAAUGGAAACUUGGAGAAUGACAGAUGGAACAAUAAAUUUAGAGAAGCAGUAGAUGAGUGCCUUGUUCAGUUGUCUAAAAAGAUUGGCGAAGCAGGGCCUGUUCUUGACAUGAUGGCUGUGAUGUUGGAAAAUAUCUCCACUAAUGUUUCAGUUGCUAGGGCAACUGUCUCUGCUGUUUAUCGUACUGCUCAAAUAAUCACGUCAUUACCAAAUCCAACUUAUCAGAAUAAGGCUUUUCCUGAAGCACUGUUUCACCAUCUGCUCUUAGUAAUGGUCCACCCUGAUCGUGAUAUUCAUGUGGGUGCUCACCGCAUUUUUUCUGUUGUUCUUGUUCCAUCUUCUGUAUGUCCUCAACCUUGUGCAACUACAGCAGAUCCCAACACAAAUGAACUUCGGAGAACACUUUCAAGGACUGUUUCUGUGUUUUCAUCAUCAGCUGCUCUGUUUGGAAAGCUCAAAAGGGAAAUGUAUUCUUUGCGAGGAAGUGUUCCCCAGGACAGUUUCGAUUCAAUGUCUAAUACUGAUCACAGCAGACAGCAAAUUGGUAGUAAUGAUGUGAAGCUUUACCAAUUCAAGCCAUCUCAAAGCCGAAUUCUUACCCUGAAGGAUGUUUCCUUAGCCACAAAUGAAGGAGAAAAUCCUUUGAGCAAUUCAUGCCGGGACAUGGACCCAACUUCUCUUAGGUUGACUAGUCGUCAGAUUACACUUAUGCUUUCAUCCAUAUGGGUUCAGGCCAUCUCUCCUGGAAAUACUCCAGAGAACUAUGAAGCUAUUUCUCAUACUUACUGUCUGACAUUGUUAUUCUCUCGAUCAAAGGGUUCCUCUCGUGAGGCUCUAGUUCGGAGCUUUCAGCUUGCAUUUUCUUUAAGAAACAUUUCACUUGGAGGUUCACUACCACCAUCACGUCGUCGUUCUCUAUUCACAUUGGCAACUUCUAUGAUUGUAUUUUCUUCCAGAACUUUUGAUAUAUUACCCCUUGUGCCCAUUGCUAAGUCAUCCUUCAGUGAAAACACGGUUGAUCCAUUCCUUCGUUUGGUAGAAGACAGCAGGUUGCAGGCUGUAAUUCCUGCAUCUGCUCAUAUGUCCAAACUUUACGGUUCGAAAGAGGAUGACACCGCUGCAUUGAAAUCUCUUUCAGCAAUAUCAUUAACCGAAAACCAGUCAAAGGAAUCCAUUGCUUCUUUGAUUCUUAACAGCUUGGGGAAUUUAUCAGACUCCGAUUCAUCUGCUAUGAGAGCACAACUUCUUAGUGACUUCUUGCCAGAUGAUGUCUGUCCAUUAGGGGCUCAGUUUGUGGAGGCACCUGGACAACUUCCUACAUUUCUUCAAAAGAAAGACUAUCUCUCUGAAGACCAGGCCCUAUCUAAAAAUCUUGCCAUUGAAGAUGAUGUCUCUGAAGCAUUUGAGAGUCAAGCAGAAAACAAACUGCAGCUGCCCAUAGACAAUAAUCUUCUAAGUGUCAAUCAACUGCUUGAAUCAGUUCUGGACACAGCGGUUGGAAGAUUGUCUGUGGGUACCACCCCUGAUGUUCCGUUUAAAGAAAUGGCUAGUUACUGUGAGGCUCUUGUCACGGGAAAACAGCAAAAAAUGUCUGUUUUCAUGAGUGGCCAACGAAAGCAAGAAAUUUGUUGGAGUGACCUUUCUCGAGAUCACAAUGAUGUGAAAUCAUCAAACUUGAGUGCUGGCCAGGUCCCAAAGGCUGGAAAUCCUUUCGUCAAGGAGAACCUCAGCACAGACCCUCAACAAGCAGCUGUACUUCCAUAUGCAACUGAGAGUCAAUCUCAAUACCAACAGCCUGAGUUCCUGAGACUUCCGGCUGCAAGCCCAUAUGAUAACUUUCUGAAAGCUGCGGGAUGUUGAAGGAUACAAUUUGAAAAUGCUGAACCUUGGGGGUUUAAACCUUUCUUCGCCUUUACUCAGUAAGUGUACAGAAGCAUACAGGAUCUUGUUUGUAUAUCAUCCCCUUCAUUCCUUCAUUCAAUUGAUUGAGGCUCAAAAUUGUUUAGUGUGGAGAGGUCGUUCGAGGAUUCGGUAGACUUUUGAUAGCAGAAGCCUUGUGUGAGUUCAGUCGUGGUUUUGUUAGUUGAUGCGUGAUUAUGUGAUUAGCUCUCUUAUACAGUGCUGAUGCAUGAACGUAUGGGGUAAAUAGAAGUCCCUUCAGUAAAUACGAGUGCUUUUUUGAUCCUCA